GGGCGUGAUUUCCGAGGUCUGUGUUGCUAGGGGGAAGGGAAGGUGGUGCUGGGGACCUGUUGGAAAUGACGGGAGAAGAAAUCCGAUUUCAAUAUAAAGACCAAAACAGUUACGCCUGGAAUAUAGCAAAGAAACGUCACCAGACCUGCGUGCUAAGGGGUGUGAAUAACCAUGGAGACCUUGAUAAGUGCGGUGGCCCCUCGGUCCCCAGCGCCGGUGAAGAAAGCCUCGGAGGUGGAUUUCCGGUCGGGGGUCAUGCUGGAGCAGCUGUCGUCUCAGGUGUCUGAGCUGGUCACCCUGGAGCAGGGGGACUUCGGGGACCAACUGGCCCUGGAGGUCCACACGGCCAAAGACUUUAUCUUCAACAUGCUGGGUCUAGUACAGAAGGUGGACCAGCGUCUCCCAGUGGCCAAUGAGUACCUGCUCCUGUCUGGGGGGGCCAGGGAGGGGGUCCUGGACCUCAACCCAGAGGAGCUGGGGGACUACGCCAAGGGGGCCGACUUCGACCUGGACUUCACCCUCCUGGUGCCGGCGCUCAAGCUCCACGACCGCAACCAGCCCGUCACCCUAGACAUGCGGCAGUCGGCCCCCUGCCACUCCUGGCUGUCCCUGCGUCUGUGUGACCCCACCACUCUGGCCAGGUGGAGCAUCUGCUGCCAGGAGGAGAACGGAAUACCCCCCGAUGAGGAGGAGGAGGAUGAAGAGGAAAGGGGAAUGGGUCACCAAGUCUCUGGUGCUGUUCCCCCCUCCGUCCAUUCCCCCCACCAGUCUCUGGAUGGGUGCUACUUCUCUCCCGCGCUGGUGGCUGACUGGUUCUGGGGGGUGGUGGGCGAGGCGGUGGACGAGCUAAGACGUUCACCACAGAGAGGCAUCCCCAUCCCGGAGAGGCUGGAGCGCAACGGGCCCCUGACCACCCUCAUUCUUCAGGCGGGGUCCAGCCGAGUGCUCUAUGACCUCCUGCCUGUGGUGUCCUUCCGGGGCUGGCCCGCCGUGGCCCAGAGCUGGCUGACGGCCAACCACUUCUGGGACGGGAAGAUCACGGAGGAGGAGGCCAUCUCUGGGUUCUACCUGCUGCCCUGCCCGGCCCCGCUGGGGGGGAGGCCUGACCGGGAGUGGAGGCUGGCCUUCUCACGCAGCGAGGUUCAGCUGAAGAAGUGCAUCCCGUUCCCCAUGGCCCAGGCCUUCCAGGCAGCCAAGGCUGUCCUCUCCCGCCUCCUGGCUCGCCCCCGCACUGGCCUCAGCCCCUACCACCUCCGCACCGUCCUCUUCUGGGCCUGUGACCGCCUGCCCCCCUCCUACCUGUCUUCGCCUGACUCCGACACUCCCGCCCGUCUCCUCCUGGGCCUCCUGGAUGACCUGGCCCACUGCAUCUUGGGUAAGAACUGUCCCAACUACUUCCUGCCCCAGUGCAACAUGCUGGAGCACCUGUCGGACAGCCAAGCCUUGCUGGUGGCCCGGAAGCUGGCUCACGUCCGCUCAGACCCCACCGAGCACCUCCGGGCGGCCCUGGACCAGGCACAGCAGGCAGGCCAGCUCAAAAGGAAGGCGGCGGGCGCCACCAACGGGCAUGGCGGGUCACCUGGCCACAGGUACCCGGCCAGUGGCAUCAUCUCACCCUCGGACGACAAGCUGGCCGCCAGGCUGCAGCAGCUGGUGACAGAAAACCCAGGGAAGUCGAUUUCUGUGUUUCUCAACCCUGAUGAUGUCACAAGGCCACACUUCCGCAUCGAUGACAAAUUCUAUUGACCUGAGGGUGGUAGCCACACAUACACACUCUCACACACAAGUUAAAUAGCGGGCCAAAUGUUGGCGAGUCAACCAGGAUGGCUCGAGGCGCGAAACACUGCCGAUCGCUGCUCCCUAUACUGCCCCCUCUUGGCGGUGAAUGAUGAUGACGCUAACUAAUAAGCGUUAACUCUGACUCUGUUGUAACUAUAAGACACUGUACCAAAAAAAUCCAUACUGCACGCUCCCAAGAAGAUGCUAGCUCUAGAGAAACCAGCACACUUCUAUCGAUUUAGAGACACCGUGACAGAAAAAGGCUUGUCAAGUGGUUACCACGGAGAUGUUUUUUUUUUAUUAGCUGGUGCUACAAAGAAAAGAGAGAAUCGUUUUAGAAUAAAGAAAGGAGCUGCUGCUUACAAAAGGGUACACCGUUUCAUUCUCAUAAGGGUUUAUGCUCUUCUCGUCUCUGCACACUGCUGAGAAUAUUGUAUUCCCCCCUUUUUCUGCCCAAUCAAAGUGGAUGAUAGCUGAAUAAGAAAAGGGGUAUCAAGGAACUAUGAUGUAACUGAAUGUAAUUUGGUGUGGGGAAAUGUCUUUGAAAAGAGUGUUCUUUCUUCCCUCUUUCUAUAUUUCUUUUUAUCCCUCGUUCUCUCGACCCUCUGCCCCACUCUCUUUAACUCCCUAUCUCGCUCGUUCGCUAUCUCUCAGGUAUUUUGAAUGUUUGUUUUCUAUGUGACUCCAGACUCCCUCUGGUAGGGUUAUGGUCCCCCAUAUCUACCUGAAUGGUAUAACCCAGGGCGGUCCUUCCAUUUCAACUCUCACUAUGUGGCGGAAGGCACCAAAGAGCCACGCUGGAGGGGUGUUUUUUUCGAGGAGCCUUUGGCUCCACCCCAUAGCAAAAGGUAUCUGUAUUCACUGACCCAGAGUCAGUCUGUACUGUUAACACUCAUAUUCCCCGCCUUUACAAUCCUGACCAACAUGCAGAUGAGAGAUCACCUUAUCAAUUUGCCUUUUAUCCCCUGAACGCUUGAAGAAGUUUCAUCAGAUAAGGGUCAUAUCAUAGGGGCUAUUAACUUAAUUCAGUUCCUUUUUUAUUACAGUCCCCUUUGAAAGUAUCUUAAACGGUGAGAUGUGGUCAUUUAAACGUUGUAUGACAUAGACCGACUACCUAUAAGGAGACCGGUUGCGGAGGAGAGGUGUGAGGCAGGGUUAGCCGCUAACACGGUUGGCCCAAUGCUUGAUUGUUUUUCUAAUCUCUACGUUACAGCAUUACAGUACAGCCAUGGCAUGGCUAGCUACACCAUGUAAUCCCCCUGAGGCUGGUGUAAGGGCUAUUUGCUUUGUUCUACUUUUUUAUUUAUUCCGUCUAGUGUGUGUGUGUGUGUGUGUGUGUGUGUGUGUGUGUGUGUGUGUGUGUGUUAAGAUGGGGAGGGUAAGGUUUUUGUUUGAAACCCCCCCCCAAAAGUAUUUUGUAUUGUGUUCUCAGAUUUUUAAUUGUGAGAGACUUGACUGGUUUUUGUGAUGGUCCCUCCUCCUGCCUAGCAGGGCUGUUUUAAUAAGGUGUGUGUGUGUGUGAUCAUUGGACGACUGAUCGAGGUCUUUAAAUGUGCUGAUGUAAUGAGGGAUGGAACGGGAACAAAUGCGCAGCAGGACUCAAGCACGCAAAUGUGCUAGCUACCCAUCUACCUUCAUCUCUUUCUGUGUGUGGGGGUCUUGGGGGCCCUAUCUUGUCCACCCAGAUGUGUGCUAUUAUCAGGGGGAUGGAUGGGGAGACAGGCCAUCCCCUGGCCCUUUGUAGAGAUGAGCCCUAAAGGAAGGUGCCCCUGGGACAGCUGCUUGUCUGUCUGUCUGUCUGUCUGUCUGUCUGUCUGUCUGUCUGUCUGUCUGUCUCUCUCUCUCUCUCUCUCUCUCUCUCUCUCUCCGUACUGCUCCUAUCUCUCGAUAUAAUGUAUAUGUUUUUCUCUCUCUGUCUGUCUCUCUCUCUCUCUGUACUGCUCCUAUCUCUCGAUAUAAUGUAUAUGUUUCUCUCUCUCUGUCUGUCUCUCUCUCCGUACUGCUCCUAUCUCUCGAUAUAAUGUAUAUGUUUUUCUCUCUCUGUCUGUCUCUCUCUCUCUCUGUACUGCUCCUAUCUCUCGAUAUAAUGUAUAUGUUUCUCUCUCUCUCCCCGCUGGUUGAAUACCGUUAAUGAAAUAUCAUGGUGGACAUGAAUGUUCAUUCACACAAUAUCAGAACACUAGAGGUCAAAGAGAACUGUUAUUUAGGAUUCUAUAGAAUUCUACGUUCUCUAGAACGUGAUAGAAUCACCGUACUACUGUAUUGGUACUACUUGUAUACAUUGGUAUUGCUAUUUGAACAGCAUCAGUUAGUGGAGCGAUUUAGGAGCUACUAGUGAAUUGUGUUGUCACUUCUGUUCUGUAUAGCCUUGGUACAGGUGAGUGUGAAUAUGGACACCUUGACAAACCAAAGCAUGUAGUGACGGUUACUACACAGAAGAAUGUAGACCCAGACGAUAGUUAAGUGUGGGUAUGUAAACUGCCAAGUAUCAGGUGUGUGUGGUCCUAGCACUUUCAUGGUGGGGGGGGGGUCUUCGACACACCACAGCCCGAUGUUGUAAGAAUGUUUGUGAACGUUGCAAGAAAACGUAUCAACGUUGUCAGGAUGUUUUUGAGGCGUCCUUUAGAGAUUUUUCUCCUUCCUGACAUGCUCCCCUACGUUUUAAAAACACACCAACAGUCCCAACGUUGUGGUGACGUUGUUUGAACGUGGUGAAGUUUUAAAUCCAGUGCUGUUUGAAAUAUGCACUGUCAAGAGUAUCUCUCACGAUAUACCUUAAUCUGCCUAGUUUGUGGGCAUAGAAAGUAGUAUGAAGCUUGAAUCAAUAUUUAGCCUCUUUCUGUGAAAAAUGUAAACACACUUUGAUCCUGGUGCAGAAUAUCAAUAUAAAAAGUUAAUGGCAGCAAUUCUGUACCCAAUCUCAUUUGGACUGUCUGCCGUAGAUUGAGCUGUUGUGCCCUUUUCAUCUACAGGGAUGAUCAUGUUUAAAGUCUACGUAGCAAUUAAUUAGUUCUGCCCAGGGUUUCUAUACCUAUUGAAUACGAAAUGUGUGUUCGAUGAUAUGACAUUAUCAAACAUUCAGACAUCCUUCUCCCAUUUGCUCUCCUGUUUGAAAUCUGAUAUCACGUAAGCGUCGGAGGCAACUAAGUCAUGCAUUGAUAACGUCGAGGCAAUGUGAGGUCACUGCUUAAACUACUAACUAAACGUUUUAUUUUUUGGUGCUUAAACUACUGCUAAUUGUUUUUGAUUGAAAAUAAACCAUGAUUGUAACACUUUU